AUGUCGCUUUGCAACGACGUCGUGGCUCUCACCACCGCUGCCACCUGGAUGACGCUGAGCGGCACUGCGCUCAGCUCCAGCAUCCACGUCCUCACGCGCGCCUUCAUCGGCUACCUGGUCUUCUGCGUCGUCGACCUGAAGUUCCUGGAGCCGAUCACCGACGACGACGCCGACGACGACGACGACUUCAGCCGCCGCUCCCUCCGCCUCUACUUCUGUGGGGUUGGUCUUCUUGGCCUCCUCACCGCGCACAUCGUCCUCCCCGGUCUCCGUCGCCUCUGGUCCUUGGUCAUCCUCCUGCCCUCGGCGCAGCAGCAGCAGCAGCAGCAGCAGCAGAUGCCCGGCGCUUGGCCUUCGCCCUGGUCCUGGUUCGCGCCGUCGCUGCCGCCCUCUCCUCUGCCUUCACCCGCUCUUGCCAACGGCAACGAGAACUGGGAGGCUGACCAUCUCGCCAAGAUGGACAGUCUCCCAGUGGACUGCUUCAUCUCCCCAGCUGCUCUCGCUGCCCGCGGCAAGCGGGGUUACACUUGCCCUUCAUACGACGACGACGACUCGGCCCACGGGCCCGGCCUCACGCCCGUCACCAAGUCCGCCGCCAAGGGAGAGCCUUUCGUUUUCGGUCUGGGGAUGGGUCCCCUGUUCGCCCCUUCCUUGCCCUCCAUCAUCCAGCCCGCGCCCGCUCCGGCGGAGAAGGAGAAGGAAGAAAAGGAAGCGAAGGAGGAGGAGGAAAGAGAAGAGAACGGAGACCGAGUCCCUUGGACUCACGACGGACUUCUGGACCCUCCCAGCGAGUACGGCUUCCGCGCCCGCUUCCGCGCCGCUGCUGCCGCCGAUGCCGCUCUUCUUGCCGCCCGCGGUCCUGGAGCUCGGUAUAAUGAGGCCGAAGGCGAGGUUCGCGAUGUUGAACGGACGGGUGACAGUGCCUCUCGCCGUCCUGCCAUUUCCGGUUCCUCGUCCUUCCGCCCCAUUUCAUCCCAACGCUACCGGAGUCAGCCAAGCCGCCCUUGCCGUCGUCACCUCUCCUCGUUCCCCGUGACCCAAUCCCCCAGGGUCAUAGUCUUGCCGCCGUCGCCCGUCCUUUCUGCGCCUGUCUCGCCGCUCUCGCCGCCCUUGUUCCUCCUAUCGCGUCGGCGUAAGGGCAACAGAUCGAGAAAGUGGAGAACGAGGAGGCUGCUGAGGUCUGAGUCCAUGAUCGACUUCUCCGGCUUCUAUCCCACGGAUUUCCUGUUCUGA